CAAUAGUAUAGUGGGGAGCGGGGUACAUAUUCAUAUUUGUAAACAUGUCACGAACAGGAACGAAAUUGGACUCAAAAAAAGUAAAUUCUGAAUUAUUCACGUUGACGUAUGGUGCAUUAGUAGCCCAGUUGUUAAAGGAUUAUGAAAAUGUAGAAGAUGUUAAUAAACAGCUAGAAAGAAUGGGCUAUAAUAUGGGAAUUCGUUUGAUUGAAGAUUUCUUAGCACGUACUGGAUCUGGUCGGUGUUACGAUUUUAGAGACACAGCUGAGAAGAUACAAACUGGUUUUAAAAUAUUUUUGGGUAUUACCCCAACGAUUACAAACUGGAGUGCUGCUGGAGAUGAAUUCUCUUUGUGCUUUGAAGCAAAUCCAUUAACAGAAUUCGUAGAAUUACCGGAUCAUUGUUUAAAUUUAAAAUACUGUAAUAUAUUAAUUGGAAUUUUAAGAGGAGCUUGUGAAAUGGUACAAAUGGAAAUUGCUUGUUGGUUCGUACAAGAUCAACUUAAGAAUGACAAUGUAAAUGAAUUACGUGUUAAGUUCAUUAAAAGACUAGAAGAUGCCAUUCCAGCAGGAGAAGAUUAAGCAAUGGAAAUAAAAUGCAAAUAUUGUAGAAAAGAUCUUUUCAACAAAGUACCAAUACAGCUAUUAACUUCUCAUGGUGAAGCAAAACACAAUUUUAUGGAUGUAGGAUGCGGCAGUACAAAUGAUUCAGAACCUUCUUCAUACAUACCAAUAGAAAAUAUGCCAAAAUGGAUUGCUGACAUUGUAAAUCAAGUAAAGUUUACAUAUGUACAUAUUCGUUUAUAAAUAUUAUAUAAUAUAUA